UGCGGGACCGGGGCGGGGCCGGUUUUCAUGGAAGGCCCGUCCACAUCAAAACAUUUCCUUCAUUUUAUAUAAUAGAUUUUAUUCAUCGAGUACUUCUCUCAUCCGCGUCCUCUAAUGCCAGGAGAGGUGAAGUGAAGCCCUCCGACAGUCCGACUGGUACCAACGGUCCAACUGUAGUAGUUGGUCGUGGAAUUGACAGAGUGGAUGACUAUUUUACCCAUCCAUGAUCUGUCUCUAUACCCCACAAAAGUAAAAAGAAUGUGAUCCGUUAUGUAAAAGAAAGAAGACAAUGAGAUUUCACUUUGCGUCUGUUGACUCUGCUCUACUUGGAUCACAAAAACCCACAAAACCAAACUUCCAAAAUGGGCAUGGACCGUUUGAUCCGCAGGUUCAGGCUUCACCUCCUUGCUUGGCUUCACAAAUCUCGCCAUGUUCUCAUUCCAGGUCCAAUAUUAUUUGUGAGGUACUUUUCUUACAAGGAUAUAAAGAAGGCAACCGAUGGUUUUCACAGAAUCAUUUAUGCGGAUUCUCAUAGAACCGCUUAUAAGGCAAAAUUUCAAGAUGGUGGGGUUGCUUUGGUAAAAGAAGUAAGAGGCUUUAAUCAAGGAAAAGAUGUCUUCUACAGAGAGUUGCAACUCCUGGGCCGCUUGCAUCACCGCCACCUUCUUCAACUCAGGGGGUUUUCCACUGGACAAAAAAGGUUGUUAAUUUUUGACAAUGUAGAAAACGGAAGCUUGAAGGAGCAUCUUAGUGAUCCUCUUAAAACUCCCUUAAAUUGGAGGACAAGGCUACAAAUAGCCAUUGGCGUAGCAGCUGCAUUGGAAUAUUUGCUUCUCUUCAGUGACCCGCCGAUGUAUCAUGUCUCCAUUAGCUCAAGUAGUAUCAUGUUAGACGAAAACUUCACAGCAAAACUAUCUGAAGUCGGCCUUCUUUGUUCUUGUGAAGAUUACCUCACAAUGCCCCAUGCCUCGUGUUCGGAAGAAUGUAUGGCUCAGGAGCAUGGUAACAUUAUACUUCAGCUUGGCGUGCUGAUUUUGGAGCUUGUUACUGGUCAAUCUUCAGAAAAGGGAGGUGCUGAUCUUAUCCAAUGGAUCCAAGGUUCUUGUUUUGCUAGUUCCAUGCAGAGGAUGAUAGACCCAGAUCUUGGAAAUAACUAUGACUCCAGGGAGCUUAGAAACCUACUAGCUGUAGCAAAAUUGUGUAUUAAAUCUAGGGAUAAGCCAAUGUUUUCUAUUCUGCAUGUACUUCAUUAUCUCCAGAAGAAGGUGGAUGUUCCGCAUGCAUAAUAUUAGCACUAGUGACUCUUGAAUUAUUCCACAGGAAAUUUCAAUAUUUAUUGUUAAAUAUUUUUAUUUUGAUCGAGGGUCACAGCUUCCCAGAAUCAGGGAAAUAGCCCCUCUGGAUGUUUCUUUUGUUUGCACAUAUGACCUUUAAAAAAAAAAAAAUCUUCUUGAAAUAUUACUUAUAACUCUCUGGUAUUUGAUACUUUAUUUUCUCAAGUGUCUUCAUUUCAGUAGCUAAUGAAAGAACUUUUUUGAGUCGAUGGCCUCUAGCAAUUCCACAUUUUUGCCAAAUUCUUGAUGAGCCAGAUUCUCAACUGGGAUCCAGACUUCAGUGUGUCAUUUCAUUCCUUAUAUAUACUGAUUUUAUGCAUCGACUUUUGCAGGUCAGUGUGCUUAAGCGUUGAAGCUUCGCUCUAUCACUUCAAGCUCCUGCAAAAUUAUUAUUUGUUUUGAGUAAAAAAUAUACAAAUAAUUAUUAAAUUAAAGUUACUUUAAUUAUAAACUUAUUCAAUUAAAAAAGGAUGUUUUUAAUCCAAUCAACUGUUAAAACAUCAA